UAAAAAGCGACACACAACGCUGCGCCGAGUAGGAUGAGACGCGUCCCGGGACGUUACAGGGGAAUUUCACUGUCUGCAAAAUAGUUUCCUUUCAUCACCUGGAUCAAUCAACAUGAGAGAGUGCAUCUCCAUCCAUGUGGGCCAGGCAGGCGUUCAGACUGGAAAUGCAUGCUGGGAGCUGUUCUGCCUGGAGCAUGGUGUCGGUCCUGAUGGUGUUUUCCUGAACGGUCCUGUAGCUCCGAAUUGCCGUGAAGAUCCGUUCAACACUUUCUUCAACACUGGGAGUUUUGGUCGUCACGUUCCCAGAGCGCUCUUCGUCGACCUGGAGCCCACAGUGAUCGACGAAGUGAGGGUUGGGAAGUACAGAGAGCUCUUCCAUCCUGAGCAGCUGAUCUCUGGAAAGGAGGACGCGGCCAACAACUACGCUCGAGGACAUUACACCGUCGGGAAGGAAAUCAUCGAUGGAGUCAUGGAGCGCGUCCGGAAAAUGACGGAUCAGUGCACAGGCCUGCAGGGUUUCCUCGUCUUUCACAGCUUUGGAGGGGGCACUGGCUCCGGCUUCACCUCCCUCCUAAUGGAGCGUCUCUCACUGGACUACGGCAAGAAAUCCAAGCUGGAGUUUGCCGUCUACCCAGCGCCCCAGGUCUCCACUGCGGUGGUGGAGCCCUACAACGCCAUCCUGACCACCCACACCACCUUGGAGCACUCUGACUGUGCCUUCAUGGUGGACAAUGAGGCAAUCUACGACAUCUGCCGCCGCAAUAUGGACAUCGAGACUCCCGGUUACAUCAAUCUCAACAGGCUGAUCGGUCAGAUCGUUUCCUCAAUCACCGCCUCGCUUCGCUUUGACGGGGCUCUCAACGUUGACCUGACGGAGUUCCAGACCAACUUGGUCCCGUUUCCACGCGUCCACUUCCCGCUGGUUACCUACUCGCCCAUCAUCUCGGCUGAGAAGGCCUACCAUGAGCAGCUGACCGUGGCGGAGAUAACCAGCUCCUGCUUCGAACCAACCAAUCAGAUGGUGAAGUGUGAUCCUCGUCGCGGCAAGUACAUGGCGUGCUGCAUGCUGUACAGAGGGGACGUUGUCCCGAAGGAUGUGAACGCCGCCAUAGCUAGUAUAAAGACCAGACGCUCCAUCCAGUUUGUUGACUGGUGCCCCACUGGCUUUAAGGUGGGCAUUAAUUACCAGCCUCCGACUGCGGUGCCCGGCGGAGACCUGGCCAGUGUCCAGAGGGCGGUGUGCAUGCUGAGCAACACCACCGCCAUCGCUGAGGCCUGGUCCCGCCUCGACCACAAGUUCGACCUCAUGUACGCCAAGCGUGCGUUCGUUCACUGGUACGUGGGCGAAGGCAUGGAGGAGGGGGAGUUUGCCGAAGCCAGAGAGGACCUGGCCUGUUUGGAAAAAGAUUACGAAGAGCUGGGUCGGAUGAACUCCGACUCUGAAGAUGAAGAAGUUUAAUAUCCAGAUAUUUCUAAAUAUUUUCCAAGCUGGAGCUAAAUAGAAAAUAUUAGAGCCUUGUAAAGUAUUACUUUUCCAAGCCUGUUGUUUGAGAAGGCACAAAAUGAAACCGGAUUUUAAAUGUACUUUGAAAUGAACUGAAAUUAAAUUUGUUUUGCAGGAACACAAUUAGAUGCUGCUUAAGUAAGGUGCUAGCUUCAUCAUUUACUUCUAAUCCCACUAUUGUAAGUCUCAUUCAGAAAUUCUAGAAAAUUUUAACUAAAACCACACAAGAUACUUCAUAGUUUAAAACCUACAAAACUGUUACACAUUACUUUGGUAUUAAAUCUGUUUUUUGAGGGGGAAAGUAUGUACCACCUCUGUUUUUUAAUUUCUUCUUUUUGCUUUUAUAUCACAUUUAAAUUGUCAAACAAGACUAAUUUUAGACUAAUUCAACUUAAAUGUAUACAAAAAGUUAUUUUUAAUGAUGAAUUUAUUUAUUGAUUAGGGAAAAAAACUCUUAUGGAAGCGCUUAUCUGCCACGGCUAAGAAAUUAAUGCAAAGGCAGUUUCUCUCGUGAUAAGAUUUUAAAAUACAUCCCCCUUAUAACUUCUUACUCUUUCUUCUGGAUCAAGAGUUUCCAAAAUUUUCCAAUACAGCCUCAUAAACACAAUUAGCUUCUGGUGGGGGUCACCCCUUUUGCAAACCCACAGACAGUGCUACAAAAUAUUUAAAGAAAUAUGAACUUUUCUCAUAUAUAUUCCCUAUUCAAUAACUAUUACAUUCAUUUAACAUAAAUGCUGCCUCAUACCUUCUAAUUUUAGUUGGCCAUGAGUUCUGACGGUUUUUGCAUGGACCUUUCCAUUUCGCGCUUGCUAGCUUAAAGAGCAAAGCAGCUUGAAACUUUAAAUGGCAGCCAAUCAGAAAGAUGAGAACGGUAAACAUUUAAAUAAAUGAUUUUAACUUAUGAUUUUUAAUUAUUUAAAAAUAGAUUAUAUUUUAAGAUAAAAAUAUUAUUAAGAAUUUGUGAUUAAAAGAUAUAAAAUUUUUCUGUUUCCCUCUAGCUUUCUGAGGCACCCUAGCGCCCUCUGGUGGCUUCCAUUUUAAAAACACCAUUCUAGACAUGACCAUUCUCAUUUAAACAAGAGCAUAUUUUGGUUUUGACUACAUUUAAAACUUGUUAAAUCAAGACCAAAAAACAUUAGUUAAAAAGAGAAUGUUUCUUGUUAUGAUCAGUUUUAUGUCACAGUUUCCUCUGUUAACAGAAGAGGAAACUUUUGUUAAAAGAAAGUUAUACUGCUCAUAUUUGUUUUCCUAGGUGUGGGUGUUAAAUGCUUCCCUUGUUUCUUUUCUUCUGUCUUUACUGUUUAUUUUCAUGGGGACAAGUGAUGAGUAUAAACAAAAACAUAACACCACAACAUUUGUAGAUGUGAUGUGAUUUACUAGUUUACACUUUAAAGAUAAUAAAUUAUAAAAUGUCAUACAUAACAUAGUUCCUAAAAUUAAAUUCAAACAAACCACAAUGAAAAAAGGGCAGUAAUUUCUCCCUAAUCCAGUUAUUGGUUAUGCCACCCUGCUUUCAGGUGUUUUCAGUAAGUGGCGAUGAGUCUUUUUUUACAUUUCUGUGGCGGGAUUUGAUCCUCCCUUUUUGGCAAAUUUGUUGCAUUUCAUCUGGAUUGGAGAGUUUUUGGGUGUGAGCAAUCUGUUUCAGAUGAUUCCACAUCUUGACCCUCGAAUUUUGGACUUAUAUUUUGGUUCUUGUUGGCUUUAGAUCAUUGUGUUGCUGCAUAACCAAAGUAUGUUUGAGGUUAUAGUCCCAGGCAUUUUCCUGGGGGGAUUUACUAUUUUAUCUUUUAUGGUUCUGCCAUUACACCUGACCCUCAGACCAUUACACUACUUGUCUUACAGUCUGUACAAUUGUCUUUUUCUAACAUGUUGUCUUAGUUUUAUACCAAAUGUAAUUGAAUACACACUUUCCAAAAAGUCCCUCCUUGGUUUUCUUAGUCAUCUUAGCAUUUUCCCCCAAAAAAGCCUUUGGGAAUUAGCAAGACAUUUUAUUGGAGAGUUUCAGAUGGACCUUUGUGUUCUUUUUAGUCAGCAGAAGAUUUCCCCUUCAUACUUUCCCAUGGAUGUAGUAUUUGCUCAGUUCAUGGUUCAUCCAAUCACAGCAAAUCAUUAUAAAGCAGUAAUGCAACCCCAAACCAUCACUGCUAUCACAUAUGCCUAUUGGUAUGAUGUUAUUUAUCUGAAAGUCUGUUGUAGUUUUGUGCCAGACGUGAUAAGAAAGCCACCUUCCAGAAAGAUCCACUCUGUUGCAUUUAGGGAAAUGUGAUCUUUUUCGUCCAAAAUGACUUUGGCCUUUAAACCGUCAAACUUUAGAUGGCCCUAUUUUAAAGGCAUCAUUAAAGGUGACAAGUACUAUACCACCUGUGAUUUUGUUAAAAAAAAAGAACAACAACAACAAAAAAACAUGUAUUUCUUAACAUGAGAUUUUCCCCUGCUGUAAAUAUACUCUAAGUUGGAUUUUCUAUGUUUUGACAGUAUUAAAUGAUGCUACUCCCUUUUAAA